UAAUUAUCUCAUUCUGAUGGGGGAAAGAUCUACAGUGUGGGGAGAAGCAUGGAGCGAGUGAUCAGGUUCAGAACCCAAGCUUCAUAAAAUCCUCUAAUCUAAGUCCAGAGGAGUGCAGAUAACCAUUGCAUGAGGAUAGAGUGCAGCAAAGCAAGGCCGUUUCGCCGAAGGAAACCCACGAGAGUCUCGGGACCCGGAGGACAUGAUGCGUAGAGGAGAACAAUGAUUAAUUUGUGAGUGCCUGACCAAGACAAGGAGCCAUGGGUGACUGGACCUUCCUGGGGGAAUUCUUAGAGGAAGUACAGAAGCAUUCCACAGUGGUGGGGAAAGUAUGGCUGACCAUCCUGUUCAUCUUCCGAAUGUUGGUCCUCGGCACCGCUGCGGAGUCCUCCUGGGGAGACGAAAAAUCGGACUUCAUGUGUGACACCACCCAACCCGGUUGCGAAAACGUUUGCUACGACAAAGCGUUCCCCAUCUCCCACAUCAGGUUUUGGGUCCUACAGAUAAUUUUUGUGUCCACUCCAUCCUUACUUUAUAUGGGGCAUGCCAUGCACACAAUCAGGGUGGAGGAAAAGAAAAAGUUUAGGGAGGAGGAAAUGAAAUCCAAACAGGACAUGAACAAAGACUCAAGCUACCACCAGCAAGAGUACCCAACUGAAAGACUAGAACUUCCGUAUAAGGAUGAGAUCACCGGAAAAAUCAGGCUCCAGGGAAGCUUGUUAAAAACGUACGUGUGUAGCAUUCUCAUCCGCACCGUGAUGGAGGUAGCUUUUAUCGUUGGACAAUACAUGCUGUAUGGAAUCUUUCUGGAGACCCUCUAUAUAUGCAAGAGGAAACCCUGUCCACAUCCUGUGAACUGCUACGUAUCCAGGCCAACCGAGAAGAACGUAUUCAUCGUUUUCAUGUUGGCGGUGGCCACACUCUCACUUCUGAUGAGCUUAGUGGAACUCUACUAUUUGGCAUGGAAGGCUCUUAAGCGGAAAAUAACUAGACCACCGCCAAGUGGCCAAAAUGCCUUAAAGGUGGCCACCAUAGAGCCAGAGCAUCGCUCCCAGAGCUGUACGCCUCCGCCAGAUUUUAACCAAUGUCUAAACGCUGGCAAAGGCAAGUUUGGUGCCCCCUUCCACGACACACUCGCAUCUCAACAAAACACGGCCAACUUUGCCACCGAGAGGGUCCAAACUGAAGAUGACAUCGGACAAGGACAAUUCAUCAACAUCAACUAUUCACAAAACGCUCCGGUGACCAAUCACUCUGCGCCACACAACAUGCCUAACGGUUACUAUCAUGGCGGUCGGCGUUUGAGCAAGACAAGCCGCACCAGCAGCAAAGCCCGCUCAGAUGAUUUGGCAGUGUGAACAUUUUUUGGGGGUUUCAAGAGGGUUUUGUAGCCUUCCUAUUGUUGCGUAUUUAUAUAGCCGUAGAAAACAAUCUAUUUUGGGUCUGGAAUGUAACAAUUUUUUUGUACUGUGAUUUGUGGCUUAAGGGUUUUUGUGCCGAGGCACCGGAACCCUUUCAACGUGAAUUUUGGCGCAUUCUUCCUGUCCAGGAAGCCCAGGUGCCUUCUACAGUUUCCCAUAGAUGUGAAGGGCUAUGCAAGGAUGUACUCGGGUAUAGUAUACAGAUGUAUGCAAAAAAA